AUGGAGGACUUGUGGCCCCCGCCUAUCCCUCCUUGUCCCACCCCACACUUUCUCUCUUUCAAUACUCCCACCUCCUCCUUCUCACCACCCAUCCCCCCCUUGCCACAGGCGACGCGCAAGGUGCAGGCGUACGAGUUCAGCUCUCCCUUGCUCCCCCUCUGUCCCCACAUAUUACAGGCGACGCGCAAGGUGCAGGCGUACGAGUUCAGCUCUCCCUUGCUCCCCCUCUGUCCCCACAUAUUACAGGCGACGCGCAAGGUGCAGGCGUACGAGUUCAGCUCUCCCUUGCUCCCCCUCUGUCCCCACAUAUUACAGGCGACGCGCAAGGUGCAGGCGUACGAGUUCAGCUCUCCCUUGCUCCCCCUCUGUCCCCACAUAUUACAGGCGACGCGCAAGGUGCAGGCGUACGAGUUCAGCUCACUGAAGGACGCGGCACUGGAGGCCCCGGAGGAGGCGGUGGUGGAGUUUGCCGACAUCGCUCUCGACUGCGUCAAGGUGCCCGGCUCCCGCCGGCCCCCCAUGAAGGACGUCGCCCGGCGCCUGCAGGCGCUGCUCUCCAGGCACUGCAGCGAGGGAGAGGGCAGCUGCGGCUCUCUUGAACUGAGCAUGCCUGAGAAGAAGGCCGCGAGAGAGACCAUGGCGGAGAGCUUGGAGAGGCUCACAAGUGGUGGUGACAGGGAUACUUUCGGGAGGAGUGAGAUUUCAGAGGAUUUGUGA